AUGAUCGCCUUCAUGCUCAUCGUGAGCCUCUUCCUUGCUCUGGCUGCGGCCAACGCCACAGCCAACGCUAUCACCUGCGCCAAGGGCGCUCAUCUCGUCGUUGCCCGCGGCAGCCUCGAGCCUCAGGGCCCUGGUGCGAUGGGUGUUCUCGCUGAGGAAAUCCUCAAGCUCAUCCCCGGGUCGGACAUGGAGGCCCUCGUCUAUCCCGCCCUGUAUAAUGAGUAUGUCGAGUCUCAGACUGAGGGUGUUCGUACCAUGACCUCGGUCAUCAACAAUUAUGUCAAGAACUGCCCGGACACCGACCUCAUCCUCAUGGGAUACUCUCAGGGAGCGCACGUCACCAUGGACACAAUGUGCGGUGCCAGCUCGGACGGCUUCCCUGGUACUCUCUCCCAGCCUGCGUACAUCACCGACAAUGUGGUGGCCAUCAUUGCCAUGGGCGAUCCGAGUCUCACCGAAGGCCAGCCCUUCCUUGUCGGAACCAGCGAGGGUAGUGGUAUCUUCCCACGCAACCUCCCCAUCGGCUGCGAUAGUAUCGCCAGCAAGACCGUUUCCAUCUGCGACAAAGGCGACCCGUACUGCGAGGCCGGCGGCAAGGAUCUCUCCGUUCACUUGAGCUACAUCAAGAACUACGGAGAGUUCACUGUCGGCCACGUCGUCAAGGCGUGGAAGGCUCGCAACUAG